UCAGGUUACCCCAAAAGUUUUCAUGUAUCACUGUUGUAUGGGAAGUUUCGUUAUUGGACGAGAAAUUCAACAGCUGCAUGUUGAUCUGGAGCGUUUGACAUGAAAUGGCGCAAAACAACCCCUCGAUGUGUCUUUUGGACUGAUGGAUUCAUCAUUUGUAGUGAAAGAGUGCCAGUUUUAUGAUGGAUUUGAAUGACCUUUGGUUUUUGUCACAAACAAUCUCCUGGAAGUAACCUGAAGAAUCGCCUGUCACCCCCUUGAUUCUGAUCUUGCAUCCCAGCCACUAUGUUUUUCACCGGGACGCUGCAUUUGACCAUGCUUGGUCUACUGGUCGGGUCCAGCACUGCUCACCAAUGCCCACUUCAUGACAUCAAACCUGGGACUGGAUUUCCGGUGAUGGAUUCAUUGCAAUGCUACAAUGAUUAUCAGAACUAUGUACAAUGCACAUGGGAAGAAGAUUCACACGUUCACUCAUGGGCCGCAGGAAAUGGAACCUCACAACUCAAUUAUAGGGAACAUAUGAAUAAUACAGAUAAACUUUGUGCACUCCUUGGUCCUGGUGUUGCUUUAUCCAAUGGGAAGAUUUCCUACAGCUGUCGCUACAACACUAAAAGGUUUGUCACUGUCAUCAAUCACACUGUCUACUUCAAAGUGCCCUGUGAAUCAGGAACAAAAUCCUUCAGUGUAGCCAAGCACGGAAAAGUUCUGUCCCCAAUUGACUUGACAGAGAAACCGUCCGAUAAUGGAGAUCAUGUGUUGUCAUGGAAAAGCCCGUAUCCUGCAUCCUCAAAUAUAACACGAUCGCUCACGUAUCAGCUUCAGUACAGCAUGGACGGGCAGGACUGGACUACUGUGGAUAACAUCAGUGCCUCUGAGUUUAUGAUUGAAAAGAAAAUGCUGUUCCAUGGUUACCUUUUCCAAGCCAGAGUGAGGGCCCGAGGUGCGGUAGGACUGUGGAGCAACUGGAGCCAACCGGUGUCCUGGAAAACCCACAAUGGUGGAGCCUUUAAUCUGCAGUGUGUGGUAGAAGGAGACACAAAUGUGAUGUGCAGCUGGCAGAUGAAGACAGAAAUCUCUCACUUCAUGUCGUAUCAUCUGUGGUACCGUCACAGUGACACUCAAGCCUCCGAGCCUUCAGUGUGUUGUGGAACUCCUUUGCUGAAGUCAAGAGGUGCUGAGGUGUCUGAGUUUUACUGUGACAUAAACAGUUCUGAUCCUCACCUGUUAACAGUGGAGUUGAGACCAGUGUACCACAGCAGACAUUUCUACCCCUCAAAAAACAUUCAACUUCCACAGGCCGAGCCGGUGCAUGUGAAAGAGACAGAUGGGGUUUUCAGACUGAAUUGGUCUACACCAGCUUCCUACGUACCAGAAACAUUCUUCAUCCAGCUGAAAAUCUCAACCGACAAAACGGCAGCGCUCUAUAACCUAACCGGGAAUGAGCGAUUUUUUAAGAUUUCUUCUAAAUCUCUACAUCCUUCAACUCAAUACAAAGCCCAGAUCAGAUUUCUCCUUCGAGCUAGUCAUGAACUCAAGGGUCUGCCAUCUAAAUGGUCACAGCCAAAAGUGUUUACUACCGGUCCAGCUUCCUGGUCAAUUAAGACCGUAAUCUACAUUUUGGUUAGUUUGAUUGUUGCUGGUAUCUUCAUUGGCUUUUACCACGCCCUUCCAGUCUGUCACAGAAGGAUCAAAUUAUGGAAUGGAUCGAUUCCAUCGCCUAUAAAUAGCAGAGUGAUGGAGGAAAUCAUCAAGAAGUCCUCCUCAGCAUGGCCAUAUCUUCAGAGCGAGAAAGAAAAGACCUCCUUGUGCGUAAUGCAGGCAACAGACAAUAUCAGUAUCUGCAAAAGCAGUACUUCUGGGGAGUCACUUUUGUUACACACGGAAGAUGUGAGUUUAGAUGCCACAGCUGUGAAGAAAGGAUGGUCAGAUGGGUUGGUCCACUCCGGCUCAUACGUGUUGGAGGACAUGUACCAGGACAAUUCAGGAAUGAGCUUCAGCGGGCCCUAUAUUCUGUGCUGCGAGGAGUCCUGCGGUCAGGUUGAAAUCUUUGGUACGUCUUCUGACAGAUGUCACACAUUCCUGUCUGAAACGUCUGAGAAUUCAGGUCCAACAAACGGAGGCUAUGUUGUGACUCCUCCCAUGUUAGUAACUCAAACCCCCCCUGUCGACAGCUCGAUCAUUAACCCGUCAGACGUACCCCCUGCAUAUACCCCUAAAUUAGAUCAGGGUAACAUCGUACACCUUCAGCCUUCAGGUUAUUUCAUGAUGCCAUGCAUUGGCGUAAGCCAGAUAGAGCCGAGAGGGUAUGUGGCGCUGUCACAGCCUGAAACGUAGUGAUCGAUGACUUUUGGUUUCCAAAAGAUCCUGUAAGGUAAAGAUGGCUUUUAAUAUAAGAUGGUCCCAGAGACUCUUUUGGAGACUGGUAUUGAGCGAUAUUUUGCUUCAAGAGCACUGUUUAGAUAUAGAUAAACGUUUUACGUGCUCGCAGUCAAUGAGGUAAAAGACUUGAUGGACCUCUGUUGGACAUUUUGACUCAAAGCUAUUAUGUUGUGCUGUAGCCAAGUCGGCCCAAUAGAUGACAGUGUUGCUUUCACUUUCAUUUCUGCUUUUCAAAGUCCGCAGUAGCUAUGAAGAGCAAACACAAUCGAUUAAAUUGAAUGUAUGUGUUUAUGCCUCAUAUACAACUGAAGAAAUUGCAAAGUAUAACACUGAACAGUUUGUGUACUUUUUUGCAAAUAAUGCAGAUUGGAUUGCUUAAUGUACGUACAUUCAGUCCGGAUAUGAUGCAUGUUGGCAGUUGGCUGUCAUGACAACCAACGCCUAAACUUUGCUUGCCUAAAACCUGAACACUAUUUUUUUUUCUUCUAGUCAAAAGAGCUAUAAAUGCAAUGCAUCAAAAACAUUAUUUUUAUAUUUAUAUAAUUGUGUGCAAAUGUGUAAAAUUGUAUGAAAUGCAUUGUUUCAGCAAAUGUCUCAUGUGUUUAUGUUCUUGUACUAGUGUGAUUGCAAAGCUUCCUCAUCCAACCAAGUAUUAAAGAUUUUG